AUGGAUUCUUAUUCAAACGUAGCUAUUUCUUCUUUUUCUAAUUCUUCUUCCUCUAGCUCUAUUCCAUUUUCUACAUAUCCACAAAGAGAAGUAAAGAAAAACAAAACAUUACCCUCAUAUCACUCCUCACUUCAUGGAGUUCGAAGGCGCCCAGCAAAACCAAUGACCAAACAACCAAUUGCCCCAAUGCCACCAACACCUCCUAAAAUUUAUAGAGUCGAACCUGUUAAUUUUAAGGAAGUUGUCCAAAUGCUCACUUCAGCUCCCGAGUUUCAAUCCAUAUCCAUUAAUUCUAUCUCUAGUUCUGAUUCUGGUUCUGGCUCUGGCUCUGGCUCUAUCUCUGUCUCUGGUUCUUUCAACUCGAGGCGUUUAAAAGAUGUUGCUCCUCCUCCUCUUGAUCUCUCACCGGUUUCAUUACAAAGAAAUAAUAGCAAUAAUAAUAUCGCUGCACAAUGGCGCGAGUUCCUUCGUCCUUUUUCUUCUUCCUCAAACAACCAAUUAGUUGAAUCAAUCGAGACGUGCAUUGACUUAACAACAACGUCUGAGGCUGAAGAAAGAUCACACGUAAUGCCCCGGAUUCCAUCAGAGAAUUAUUUUGGGUCGUGCAGUCCACUGGCUAAUUUUCCUCUAUCACCUGCCUCAUUUGCAUGGUGCUCUUCUAUUCUUUUUAGCCCAGGCACGCUUCCUUCACCAAACGCAGUUCAAAUCAUUUGA